AUGGAAAUUCGAGAGAAUAGUACUAUUGAAGAUGCGAUACUCGUUCAUUCACAAAUUGAUGAGUUUGAUCAACACAAUAAUUUAACUGACUAUUUUCUUCAUCGUCUUAAUGGUAAACAACAUUUAAUUCUGGUUGCAUAUACGAAUGAAGCUAUACCUGUUGGCUAUUUAGUGUGUUAUGAUAGGUACAAUGAUAAUGUAUCAUUUUAUAUAUGGUUAGCUGGUGUUCUAGAACAAUAUCGACAUCAAAAUAUUUUGAAACAAUUAAUGACUUAUGCUGAACGAUGGAUUAAACAAAAUGGUUUCACAAAGGCUGUAAUAAAAACGCGUAAUCAGUUCAAAAAUAUGAUAUUAUAUCUUGUGAAAUAUGAUUAUAAGUUUAUAGAGAUAGAAAAGAAAGCUGAUAUUAAAGAUAACAGAUUGAUACUUGAAAAGUUAUUGUAA